UAUUCUUUUCUCUGCCUGGCUUCAAUUCUAAUAACGAUGUAGGCCCGCAUUGCUGAAGAAGCCGGUGCUGCCGCCGUCAUGGCCCUCGAGCGAGUCCCCGCUGAUAUCAGAGCUCAAGGUGGCGUUGCUCGCAUGUCCGAUCCUUCUAUGAUCAAGGAGAUCAUGGCUGCAGUAACCAUACCUGUUAUGGCCAAAGCUCGUAUCGGCCACUUUGUCGAAUGCCAGAUCCUCGAAAGCAUCGGAGUAGACUACAUCGACGAAUCCGAAGUUCUCACCCCCGCCGACGACAAAUACCACGUCAAAAAAUCCCCCUUCAAAGUCCCCUUUGUCUGCGGUUGCCGUAACCUUGGCGAAGCCCUCCGCCGCAUCUCCGAAGGUGCAGCCAUGAUUCGCACAAAAGGUGAAGCAGGAACAGGCGACGUCGUCGAAGCCGUCAAACAUAUGCGCACCGUCAACGAUCAAAUCGCCCGUGCUCGGGGUAUCUUGUUAGGAUCAUCAGACCCGGAAAUCGAAUUGAGAGCUUAUGCGCGCGAACUCGAGGUUCCGUAUGAAUUACUUCGUGAGACGGCUGAAAAGGGUCGGUUACCCGUUGUCAAUUUUGCGGCCGGAGGGGUUGCGACACCCGCUGAUGCGGCGCUUAUGAUGCAAUUGGGUUGUGAUGGGGUGUUUGUUGGAUCGGGGAUAUUCAAGUCUGGUGAUGCUCGUAAACGGGCAAAGGCUAUUGUGCAGGCUGUUACGCAUUAUAAUGAUGCUACGGUGUUGGCGCAGGUUAGUGAAGGGUUGGGGGAGGCUAUGGUUGGUAUUAAUGUGUCGCAGAUGGCCGACAAGGAUAAGUUGGCUGGUCGUGGGUGGUAAUUAUCUUUAGACUUCAAAAACCUGUUUUUAUACGACGUUUAGCGGUGGAAAAUGUGAUCAUCACAGCAUGCAUGUUCCAACAACUGACCUGGUCUAUCUUUGUCAGACCUCAAAAUAUAGAUAGCUUUUAUGAACAUAUGACAAGCUGCAAAAGAGUAUCUCUAGAUUUGAUCAAUGUCCGAAAGUCAUUGCUUCUAUUCGUAAGUCAUAAUCAACCGUUAAUCAACCCUGGUACGCAAAGCCUGCACCGCGACAAUUAAUCCAAUACGUCCGAACAAUCUCCUGCGUCGCCGAUCCUCCUCGGGCUCCGAGAACCAUCGCCAGGAAUCGCUCUUGUUCUUUC